AUGGCCAUGGAAACAAGCGCGGAUAUUACACACCGAGCCCGGCGUAUCCUCAUUGGUGCAAAAAUGAGGCAGUCCAAGGAGUCCUGGGAUGAGUUGUUUCUCGCAGCGGAUAAGGACAGGUCGAAGGCUUUGGAUCUCAAGGAGUUGACGCAGGCCAAGAGUCCUGCUGCCGCCUCACGGGCGCAUUUCUGUGCCGGCACAGCUUGUGAUGCAGCUGAGAUGUGGCUCAAGGCAUGCCCUAGUUGCCUGCGUAGUUGCACUGAUGAUGCCGAUCCGGAUGACGAGGCUAUGCGGCCAAACUGCUGUGCUUUGCGUUUUGUCCACUGGUUCUUUGCAGCAGCUCGGAGGCACAAAGCCAGCCAGUUGCCUCCUUUGAACCUCUUCAGCCCUUGGGAGGUGCUCAGUUCACCUGCAAUGAUCGCGGUUGGUCGGAUGAUGUUUGCCUGCCUCAGGGCACGAAUGUCUCUGGAUGCAGUGCGGCAGGCCAGGCCGGGAACCGGAGGCUACGCCGUGCUACCGCAAAGCCCAGACUGGACGGACAUCCGGAGACAGCUCAUCCGAGAGAUGUUCGGACGUGAGACGCUCCCACGCAAGUCAAGGCCGGAUGGCAUUGCGACGUAUGCUGUGAAGCAUUUUUUCCCAGAUUGUUUAUAUGCCGUGUGGGGCACCGGACAUCGAAGUGAUUGCGAGAAAGUCAUCAAUGUCACGGAGAUUCUGUGGACAAUGCCCGCCAAACUGACGGCCAACUACUCAAUGACACUGACGUCAAAGGUCUUCUUGACUCUCAAUACUUCGGGUUAUGCCCCGAACUACGACAUUUGGGGUGCGGAGCAGCCGGCUGACCCACAGCUUCCUCAGAGAGGCAAGACUCUCGUCAUCUUUCAUAACGGCCAUGGAAUGUCGAAGGGCUGCCCAACCUAUGGAGACACAGAUGGGAGUGCGGACUGGCUCAACCAGAUGGGGUUUGAUGUCGCGACGAUCAUGAUGCCUUUCAAGGAUUGCAACUCCGCUCCCAACGAUCCCCCGAGUCUCCAUGCUUGGUUUCAAGCAUUCGAGAAUGCCGGAAAGCCCUGGGUGCAAUACUUCCUGCAGCCAGUCAUCAGCACCAUCAACUUUGCCACUGCAUCGUUGGCCUACGAGAGGGUCAUUAUGAUGGGUCUUAGUGGUGGUGGCUGGACCACAACACUCGCUGCAGCUGUGGACCCGCGAAUAGUGCUCUCGGUUCCAAUCGCUGGCAGCCUUCCGUGCGAUUUCCGGCACACCAGCUGGGACUUCGAGCAGUACUGUUCUGACAGCUGGGCGCAGAUAGGAAACUAUACGGCCUUGUACGUGCUGGCUGCCCUCGAGAAGGGUCGGACGAGCGUCCAGAUGCUUCACGAAUCCGACCCAUGUUGCUUCCAUGCUUGUGCUCGACAUGGGCGAAUCCAGGACUAUAAUCACUAUGUAAACUCUGCCGCGCGUGGUGCCUUCAAGACAAUCGUGACGGAGGGCAACCAACACCAAUUCAAUCCGCGAGAGAAGAUCAUUGCGGCAACUUUGAUCGAGAAGAUAGCUCGUAAGGAGGAGAUCGAGGCCCGUGACUUGCAGUCACCUUUCGACCUGCUCCGCGAUGACCGUGACGAGAGGAUGAUCUUCACCUGUGAACUGCAAGGUGACGGCCUGGAGAGGUUGAAAACCGACUCCGAGGUUAUCCGCGAGAAGCUGCGAAUUCCUGAUAGCACGCUACCCGACCAUGAGAUUCAUGUGAUCUUUUCCGAGAUCGAUCUUGACAAGACUGGAAACAUAUCUGGUCCAGAGUUCUCCCGGUUUGUUUCCCGGGGGCCUCUGAAUCCGGAGGAGGAGGCGAAGCUGUUUGCAGUUCGCGUGAAGCGAGUGCACAGAAACUUGCGUUUGGGGUUCCGCAACUAUAGGACAGACGAUGCAGCAGUUCGCAAGCUCUUCGAUCGCAUCGACAGAGGGGGUGAUGGCCGUAUCUCCAUGCACGAACUAAUGGGCUUUGUGCGGGAAGACUUGAAGCUCACAAAGUGGGAUGUUUUUGAGUCAGAAAUGAAAGCCUUCUACAAAAGCAUGGACGACAAUGGUGAUGGGCUGGAUGCGAACGAGUUGGUCAAGUUCAUUCGUCACACACGGGCCUCGAAUGCCAAGCAGAACCAGCGCAAUCAGAUGGGCACUUAUGCUUGUGGCCCCAUGGACGGCGAGUGCCUGGGACCUCGGCCGCUCUGCGAGCUGCCACAAGCGCAGAGGGGAUUCCAAGAGGCCGCCGAGCUGUGGCGGCUCGGCUGGAGCUACGCCUUUGAGGUCGCAGGGCCAACGUCGCGGCUCUCCGGCAGUGAAGCCCUCGCAGCUGAGGCAUGGGCCGAGGCUAGCCGCCUGCGCCUGGAGCUUGGGGCGCCCUUCGACGCCGUGGUAGCUUGCGAGCAUGGCCUUCGGCUCAGCACCCGGCACUGGCGCCUGGGUUUCCUCAGCGCCCUUGCCCUGGAGUCCGUGGGUAUACUCAGCACUGCGGAGGAGCGGCUCCAGCAGGCGGCCCGGCUCCUCACCGGGAGCGAGGCCGCGCAGAUGAAGGAGCCCCUCUCUGCGGUCCUGGAGGCCUUGCGCCGGGUCCGCGCGCGGACCGCGCAGCUGGCGAAGGGAGAGCCGCAGGCGCUUAUGGAAGAAAUCCAGAGGAUGGGCGCACUGCUGGGUGACAAGGAGGCCGGCUACUGGAUAAGCAGCGUCGGAGAGUGCAGCCGCAGCGCGGAGGGCCAGGCGGAGCUUGUUCAGAAAGGCUUUCUUGAUGCGUCGCAGCUCGAUGUGAAGCAGCCUGUGGCGGUGGCGAGGAGGGCGAGCUUGGUGGCAAUGAGGUAUCGCAUCAACAAGAAGUUGCAGCGGUAUCUCUCUGGAGCCGGGCUCUUGCUUGGAGUCGCUGAGCAGUGCGUGCUUCCGAAGGCACUUUGCCACCCGGGUGCUGCGGAGCUGCUAGGCGAUGCCGCGGAGGUGCUGAAAAACCGGCGCCUGGCAGUGGUAGAUGGCGCAUUUCCUGCGGAUGCGAUUGCACAGGUGCAAGCGGAACUGAGGAAGCUUCGAAGUGAGCGAGUCUUACAGAAUGACGUGAAUGAUGUAUGCAACCCGCUUCAGGAAGCGAAGUAUCUUCCGUAUGGUGCCGAUGAUGCAGCGCGUGACUUCCGUGCCAAGUGUCCCAUAACGAUGCAGGUGACGCAGGCAUUGGCCGGCCUGGCGGCAGUUCUAGAGGAUCUCUUAGGUUUGCGCCUGGCGGUGCCUCAGUCUGUCAUGGCUGCCUGCUAUCCCCCUCGGGCAUCCUACAAGAUGCACUUGGACAGCUACUUCCGACAAGGCUGCCUGGAUGAUGUGCCACGCAAAGUCACAGUGCUGCUGUACUGCAACCACGGCUGGAGCAGCAAGGUGGGUGGCGAGCUCCGGGCCUGGGCGCCUUUUGACCAAGGCCAAGGCCCGGCACAGACCAUUGAGCCGCUUCCGGGGCGCAUGGUGGUUUUCAUGUCAGAGGAAAUCUGGCACGAGGUCCUCGAGUCGCACGGUGAGCGUUUCGCGCUGACGCUGUGGGUUCAUGACCGCGAACGCGCAGAGCUGCACAACAGCUGA